CGUGAUCGUUUGUUCCCUUUUUGAAAUUAUAUAAAAUUCAUUUCCUUUCUCCCACGAAGGUCGUGCUUUUUCGACUGUUUAUGAAGGCCUAAGUCCGUUGCAAUCAUUCCCUACAUCGACGUUAUUUAUACAUCAUCUCUUGACGAGACGAUGAAGCGACGGCAUCUCACAAAAGUCGCUCAUCUCCAGCCCCUGCAAACUCAUAACGAAGCAUCUCCUUCAUCUAACUCUCACGCGCAUAGUGCUGGGCCAUACUCUCCUUCUGUUUACUCUCGAGCUGACAAUCACUCGGAAUAUAACUACCAACCUUACCCGGAUAUCGAAGAAGAGCCGCUUCCACCAUUUCCUUCACAUCUCCUUGAAAACCUCACCAGUUUUGAAGCCCGUGAUGCUGCUCGCGACUCUCGGAUAUCUUCUACAGGCCAGGACUCUCCCGAGAAUGAAACAACAAACCGACUGAGUAUGAUGGGUCCGAAGAUGAAAAUGCUUUCCAGGGCACCUUGGGAAGUUAGUGACCCCCUCAUCGAGCGUGAACAAGCCCCUAGUAUCGACUACUCUGUUGAUGGUGGCUCUAUCUUUGGGCGACGGUCUAGAAGUAGGACUUUGACCAGAGCUACAGAGAGUUCGAAAGGGUUUGGACUCGGAGGCAGCAAAUCACGAGGGACUACCACAUAUUCGUUAGGUUCACGUAACUUUAGCCCUCCCCCGAAUACGACUGAGGACAGAGUGUCCAUCCUUUCGUCUGAUCCUGACCCCUUUGCUCCUCGUCCAAGACGUCCUACAUGGUCGCCUCUGCCACGGGCUCGGACCACGUCAUCGUCCGCAUCCGUCUCCCAUACGGAUUCAGCUAUCUCAUCAUUUGCCUCUUCCUCGUCCUCCAAUCCCCCUCCUGUUCAAAGCCCUGUUUCCGAUCGUUUCUCCGGAUCCCAACCUCCAUCACCCUCCGCCAAGAGCUCGAAGCACAGCAAAAGUGUCAACAAAAGGCAUGAUACCUCUCCCAGUCCCACGAGCAUGUAUGAGGCUGCAAUCUUGUCACCCUUUCACCCUUAUGCAAAUCCCGAGCUUUAUGCCUCCGAGGAUAACUCCCAUGCAACUCCGCAACCCUCAUUCACUUCACAGAAUCAAUCUCGUCCGCUAGAUGCUACGUCUUUCAGCCAAUCGGUCGCCAAUCCUUCAUUAUCCACCGUUUCCACCGUUUCUGGAGAAUCGUAUAUGCUCACACCAGCGCAGCCUUCAUCUUCCAUGCCUCCAUUGCCUUCGAUUCCCCCUAUUCACGCAUCAACACCCAGUAGUGCCGUGCCUUUCCCGUCUGGCCACCCGCUGGCGGACAGUCCAGGAUUCACACUCAUAUCACUUGAUCAGGCACGUGAAAAAGUGCGAAAUCGUGCCCGGAGCGGAGAUGCCGUUGUUGGAGCAAAGAAGUUUUCGUUUGGAACAAACAAAUCGACCUCGUCUAUUGACAAACUUCCGAAUGACGCUGAGUCAGGGCUCGAUGAGGAUUCGCCCCUGUCAUCUGAUCAGCCUCGAACAUUGAGGCCGAAGCGGAGUGCGUUCAGGCGGUUCUUCAAGGAGGGAAAGGAGAAGGUCCAUCAAGAAGGGCACAUUCCAGAGGUACCACCUCUCCCACAAGGUCUGAAGAGCAGAUCCCGAAGUUUGGAGCCCUCCGCGGAUGACAGGAAGCCUCUUGAAGACGAUGUUCCUCCGCUCCCUCGAACCAUAGAAGGAAGCGCUGGGCUUGCACCCCGUCCAAUGACCGUGAGGUCUGGGUCCCAGAAUGACACCCCUGCUGCGUCUUCGACCUCGUCGUUAGAGAGAAUUACGAGAGGUCUGGAUUUACCUGCCUUUACAUCGAAGUUCAGGAAGAGCCCCCAGCCGGACAAAAAGUCUCGGUCGACUCUUGAACCGGCAGGUGGGGACGGUGCUGGCUUCCAAUCUCUUCAUCUUCGCCCGAUCUCAAGCUUUCUCGCGUCUGGUCUUCCGCAUGACAUGUUGCUCCCGGAAGUGGCCGAGUCUCAUACUCCUGUCACCCAACAUGGGCGACCGCAAUUGGGACUCGGCAUACCAGAGGGUGCUGUGGUAGACUCUUUCGAACCUCGAACCGCCACCUCCCACCAAUCUAGCUUCUCCGGGAAAAGUGGCAUGACGCUUUCAGGUUCAGCAAGCUCUAUGAAUUCGGAUAAUAUCGGUCAUCCCGCGCUUGUCGAGGCUCGUAAGGCUUGGAGAAUCCAAGCAUUUGAGUACGAGGCACAAAUCCGCGAACUCAAUGCUGAAAUAGAGCGCCUUCGUGCUCGCCCUUGCUCUGAAUGUGGUGCUGUGCCUUGUGUGCCUUGUAGGCCCACCGAUCCCCAACCGCCGCAAAGUGUAUUAGAUCGUCCACGUCCCAAAACAGGAGGAUCCAACUAUUCCAGUGGUUGGGACAGCCAAAUUGAUGUAUUAUGAGGUUGAACUUUUAAGUAUUCUUCUUGUACUUUAUUGUCCAGAUUCUAGGCAUUCGUUUCUUUCCCUGUUCAUAUUAUCCAACGGGCGUGGCGGUUGAUCACAUACCUUCUUUCCUUUACCACCCCUUCAGAUCAGGCAUCUUCACAUUCCUUGUGUCCUUUUUCUUCUGCAUUGAUGCAUGGCACUUGAUAAUUUUUAUUUUGGUAUCUCGUGGUCCUGUCAUUACCGCCUGUGCAUCUACGCACUAACCCCUCUCGCUUUUUCCAAUUGAUUGGGCUCUGUCUUGUUAGGAAGUUUGCAAUAUGACUGUGGCUCCGCUCAGUGGUGUCAGUCUUGUGUUCAUAGAAACACCAACAUUGCACUGACACACGUCAGCUUUUUUGCUUCGCAUGCC